CUAAAGAGACAUUAUUGUGAGAGCAUUGCUAAUCUGUGUAUUGUAUUUUUAUUCAAAGUGGCAAUAAAGUAGAAGUUGGGGUCGGUGCCCUAUAAUUCGAUACGUGCAUAUGCGGGUUCUUUUAUUCUAAUCACGUGUGGGUUUUGGAAGCUGGCCUACAGGGGUGUGUAGGUGCCGCACGGACAAGAAAAAUUAUAAGGGAGUUUUUGCGCCUGCGACAGUAAUCGCACGUCUUCCGGCCAGUAGUGGAUUUUGGGCGGUGAAUAAGGUAUAAACCCAAACGGGUUCAACCACCGGUCACGCCUAUUCUAUAAAACGGCGCCGUUUUAGUUUGCUAUCGUUUUCAGGCUUCUUUCAAAAUUGAUGGAGAAGAUCCACUGACAAACAGAGCGGUUUCGUGUUCGCUGAAUAAUGUCAAAUCCUCUUCGAUUUUCGCUUAAUUCUUCGAAAAUCUCCUCUUUCUCGUUCUCACCCUUCUCGCCAUCCUCUUUGAUCUUCCCAAAAUCCGGAGUUCCCCGGCCCAAUCAAACCCCAUCUUCUCGAAUUUCUUCUCUCAAUGUUCUUGGCCCCCUUCAAUUUACUCGGCCAAAGCGUUUGGCCUCCUUCAAGGUACAUGCAUCUAUUGCUGAGACUAACCAGCCAAAAUGGUGGGAAAAGAAUGCUGGCCCAAAUAUGAUUGACAUUCAUUCCAUGCAAGAAUUUUUAAGCGCAUUAAGUCAAGCAGGAGAUAAGUUAGUUAUUGUAGAGUUUUAUGGCACGUGGUGUGCCUCUUGCAGGGCGUUAUUUCCCAAGCUCUGCAAGACCGCACAAGAUUAUCCUAACAUUAUAUUUUUAAAGGUGAAUUUUGAUGAGAACAAGUCAAUGUGCAAAAGCUUGAAUGUAAAGAUGCUUCCAUGUUUCCACUUUUAUCGAGGAUCAGAUGGACUGCUGGAAUCUUUUUCAUGCUCGCUUGCAAAGUAGCAGGAAGGCCACCUGGUUUAAGUUGUCUGACAGCUUAUAAGUUCUAGCACCAUGGAUAUUACAUCUGUUGGUAGUUAUCAAUGCUCUUGUUCAUCACAUCGAUAGUUAUCUCUUGCUCUCUCUGGUUCACUCACAUACUAUCUCACAUAUCUUUCCAUCUACAUUAUUUCACUGACACACAUGCUUAAAAUGAUUCGCAGUUUCAGAAAAUAAAGGAUGCAAUUACAAAGUAUGACAUUGGUCACUCCAGCAAUGGUCAGCCUAAAGGUGUUGGAGACUUGCAUCCUUCUUGAGACCUCCCUUGCUUUACAGAACAAGCCAGCAGAGUCUACUUAAUGAUAAUCCUUUCUUUGUCCAUCCAUCUUCCUGUAUAUACAUGCUGAUAUUCGUGUUCUGCAACUAGGCAUGAUGUGCAGUUUUAGGUUCAAACUAAAAUUGUGAAAAUGCUGUCUUCUAUGUAAAAAGGGUUUGGCUGAAAUGCUUGUCCAUUUAUUUCUCUAUUGUAAUUUACUCUACUGAACUUCCAGUGUAAAAGGAAGAGAAUUUGAAUGAUAGCUUCUUUCUUGAGCAAA